AUGGCGGCGGUGGCGGCGGCUGAGCGAGCCGGGAGCGGGGAUGCAAGGCUCCGUCGGCGGCUGCUGCUGCUAUGGCUGCCGCUGCUGGCUUGGGAAGCCGGGGCGGAGCAGAUGGAGGAGUACCUGAAGCGGGAGCACUCGCUCACCAUGCCCUACCAGGGUGUGGGAUCUGGCAGUUCAUCCCUGUGGGAACUUAUGGGCAAUGCGAUGGUGAUGACCCAAUUUGUUCGUCUCACUCCAGAUAUCCAAAGCAAGCAGGGUGCUGUCUGGAACAGAGUGCCUUGUUACUUGAGAGAUUGGGAGAUGCAGGUGCAUUUCAAAAUCCACGGGCAAGGGAAAAAAAACCUCAACGGAGACGGCUUUGCCAUCUGGUACGCCAAGGAUCGAAUGCAGCCAGGGCCGGUCUUUGGCAGCAAGGAUACCUUCAUAGGGCUGGGCGUGUUUGUAGACACCUAUCCCAAUGAGGAGAAGCAGCAGGAGGCCCAGAAGAAGAGAUAUUCUUCAGGAAACCAGCGUGUCUUCCCGUACGUCUCGGCCAUGGUCACCAACGGCUCCCUUGUCUACGACCACGAGAGGGACGGGAGGCCGACCGAACUCGGGGGUUGCACGGCCAUCGUCCGCAACCUGGAGCACGACACGUUCCUGGUGAUCCGCUACGUGAAGAGGAGGCUGACUGUCUUGCUCGACAUUGAUGGAAAGCAUGAAUGGAGAGAUUGCGUUGACAUUCCCGGAGUCCACUUACCACGCGGAUACUUCUUCGGGAUUUCUUCUGCCACUGGAGACCUGUCAGACAAUCAUGACAUCAUUUCUCUGAAGACAUACCAGCUGACGGUUGGCCGGACGCUGGAAGAAGAGAAGCGUGACAAAGAAGUCUUCCUUCCUGUGGUGGAGAACAUGAAACUCCCUGGCAUGAUGACACCGAUGGAACCCAUGAGUGGCCUUGCUCUCUUCUUGAUAGUCUUCUUUUCGCUGGUGGCCAUCGUCUUCGCCAUCGUCGUUGGCGUGAUCGUUUACAACAAAUGGCAAGAACGGAGCCGGAAACAUUUCUACUGACCCGCGGGCCUCCUCCUCAUGGAUUCCUCCCGUCCUCCUUGCUUUCUGGACAGCCAUCAGCAAAGGGGGGAGGGGAUCAUAGAAACAGGCAGCUCAACUCGGGAAGCCCCCCGUCCGGGGGGUUGGGGGGAAAACUUCUGGCUCCUAAACACAGGGAUGACAUUUGGACCGGUGGUCUCCUUGCGGUGGUGAGACACCACCGUUAUCUCUGCUCUUCUCUUUGCCUUCCUUGAACUGAAGUUCUCCGCACUGGCGUUCGGUGGGACGUUUGACGGGCUUUCGUCAGCCUCUCCCCGAGGAUGUAGCACACACUGGGCCCUCUGUGGACUCGUUUAGGGGGGCGGACAUUUAAUGAAAGAGAUUUGGAGCUCCUCUAGUGGAGGAGGUCGUCGGAAGUUGGGAAAACCGUGGUUUGGGGAAAUGUCAAGGUAGCAGUGACGAGGAAAUUGGGAAAACGGGAAUCGGCAGUAACGAACUGAAUGUUUCUUUGGGAUGCCUUAAGUAGCAUAAUACUGCCUGGAGGACAAAGGCCGAAACCCUCGUAGCUUAAAAGAAAAACCAAGGAUCUUA